CCCUUCCAUCGCCGCGGACGCACGAGGUCCACCUUUUUCUCCUUUUACCGCUCUUCUUCUUUCAGCAUACAUAUACAUAUAUACGUAUACACUGAUAUAUAUAUAUAUGCGUGUGCGCGCGACACCGGCGGCAUGCUGAUGGAAGAGACACGCGCAGAAGGAGCUCGUGCGUUUGGCCGCGCUGGCACGAGCAGAUGAACGCGCUGAGCGGUGUUUUUCAGCGCGCGCUCUCGGUCAGCUGAAAGGGGGGCUGGGACCGCGCGAGGGGCUGAACCAUGAACUCCUCGGACGGAAACGGCACCUCCGGUACUCAGCUCGCGCUGGAGAUUGGAGCUGAGAACGUGAUCACGCUGCUGGUGUUCGCGCUGAUCUUCGCUCUGGGGGUGCUGGGCAAUGCUGUGGUCAUCACGGUGCUGGCCCGCAGCCGGCCCGGCAGGGCGCGCAGCACCACCAACAUCUUCAUCCUGAACCUGAGCGUGGCCGACCUGUCCUACCUGCUCUUCUGCGUGCCCUUUCAGGCCACCGUCUACGUGCUGCCCACCUGGGUGCUGGGCGCCUUCGCCUGCAAGUUCGUCCACUACUUCUUCACCGUCUCCAUGCUGGUCAGCAUCUUCACGCUGUCGGCCAUGUCCGUGGACCGAUAUGUGGCCAUCGUGCGUGCCCGCAGCUCCUCGUCUGUCCGCGUGGCACGCAAUGCCCUGCUGGCUGUGGUGGCGAUCUGGUUGCUGUCCCUCGCCAUGGCGGCACCUGUCGCUUAUCACCAGCGCAUCAUCGAGCGGGAGGACAAUGCCACGUAUUGCUGGGAGCUGUGGCCACAGGCGCACCACAGGAAGAUCUACGUGGUGUGCACCUUCGUGUUCGGAUAUGUGCUGCCGCUGCUGCUCAUUUCCUUCUGCUACGCCAGGGUUUUGAAUCACCUGCGCAAAAAGCUCAAGAACAUGUCCAAAAAAUCGGAGGCUUCAAAAAGAAAGACAGCGCAGACGGUGCUGGUGGUGGUGGUGGUGUUCUGUCUCUCCUGGCUUCCCCACCAUGUGGUUCACCUCUGGGUGGAGUUCGGGUCCUUCCCCCUGAACCAGGCCUCCUUCAUUUUCCGGGUGGCGGCCCACUGCCUGGCCUACAGCAAUUCCUCCGUCAACCCCAUCAUCUACGCCUUCCUCUCUGAAAACUUCAGGAAGGCCUACAAGCAGGUGUUCAAGUGCCAAAUCACCAGCGAGUCGCCACUAAACGACAUCAAGGAGGUCCGCAGUAAAGCAGAGACCCCUCUCUCCACUAACUGCACUAAUGUGUGAUGGGCUGGACGGUUCUGAAGCAGACUGGAGGAAAAGCCUGCUCUGGCCAGGGCUGAAACUAUUUCUAUCAGUGUAAACGCUGAGCUUGAGCCUGCUGUUAUUGUGACGCUGUUGACAUAACUGUAUUUUCUUCAUGCCGUUUUCUGAAUCUAUUAGUUUAUUUGGGGUUCAGUUCACGCUAGGAAUGAAUGUAAUUAGCAUACCUAAAAACACAUACCCUGCUGAAAAGUCCAGCUCAAAACCAGGUUUCAGAUGGUUUAAGCUUGUCUUUGUUGUCAAAGUGGUUGAAAAGAUGGUGAUUUAGGCUAAAACAAAGAUACAUUAAGGUUAAGCUGGUAUGUUGAAUUUAACUGGGGUCAUGCUAGGCAACCAGCUGGGUGAUACUGGGCCUAUUACUCUACCAGCUUCUUCACAGUGGUGGUGAUUGAAACCUCAAGCACAUCUGAAACUCUAGAUCCUACCUCUUAGAAAAAAAGAGUUAUGACUCCAAGUUAUUAUAAAUACACUACUUGAUUUUUUUAAAUCUGAAAUAUGUUAAUACUGAGUCACGAAGCCAAGCCAUAUGGACUUUAUUUAUCUUUAUUUAAUCCAAGGAGAGGCAGAAAUAACCUCAAUGAACAGUUGGUACCCUAUCUUACACCCUGUACAAGGCAAGUUGUGAUGCUCAUUGCUAUGUUACACCUCGCAAACACAGAUUUUUAAGUCAGCUAAACAAGAAAUAUUAAAUUGCACCAUAAACUAUAGCAAAUUAAUUGCCUCAACUAACAUUAUUAACGUUGCAGUUUGUAUAAUUUUGUUUCUAAACUAAAAGCAGAAGCAUUUCUGAGUGAAGAAGGGAUAAAAUAUUGUGUUUAAUGGUACCAGUGUGCUAAACGACCAUCCCUGCUUAUCCUAAUAUAUUCAUUCUAAAAACUGGGCUGUCGGGUUGCUUUUUGCGAGGGUUCUUCUUCUGGCCACGUCACCCGUCUUUAUGUACUUACGUCACACUUACCGCCUCUAAAAGAGGAUCCGGCUCAGUUUUACUGAAGAUGAGCAGCUGGUGAAGUUUCUGACUGAUUGCUCUCUCUCUCUGACUAAACAUAACCUGGAAUCGGAUUCAUCCGCUCUGAAAGGAAACCGUAUCACACCCGCCCAGUUUAAAUUGAUUCUUUCACAUGCUUAGUGCUCAAUUGUUUUAAGUAAUUUAACUGGUAUUAAAAGUGCUAGACCAAGCUCUGGAAGCCCAGCAUAAUUCUGAGUUCUAACUCUUGGGUUCUUUUGCUUCUCCCUGGUUUAGAAUAUUUAUCUAUAGCUCUGAAGACACUGUAUGUUUAUUUUAUUUAUUGGAAUGCAGCCAAUAGUGUGCAUGCCUCUUGUGUUUACCGUGCUUUUAUUUACGAUAGCUCGCCUCAGAGGGAAACGAGACAUGCUAAUGAAGUAGCUCUCAUUUCAGCAAGCGCACUUGUCCGUGUUAACGGCAGUUUUUUUAAAUUGUUUUCAUUUAUUAUGAGUAAAUUACGCCGGCUGCUGGUGGCCGUUUCCUGAGAGGACUUGCUUCAUGAAAAUGAAUGGGCUGGUUCUGUUUGCCACUUACAGCAGGAACAGUAGCGGUGGCCUGUUAGAUCUGCCCCCAAAUGACCCACAUUUUCUUCAGAGCCCAGACCAGAGACUGGAAUCGCCCUCUUUUAGCUUCCUGUCUGCUUCGCCCUAAUGAAAUUGGAUGUAACAGACUGGAAAAUGGCUAACUGCAUUAGUGGAUCCUGUGGAGAAGAGAGGACGAGAGCCAUGGUGAUCUCAGAACGGUAGCCCAAAAACUGUGUAAGACUGGAAGGGCUGUGUUCUCAUUACUAGCCUCAGGAAGUGACCCACAUUCUCAGAUCUUAACUAAAAAUGACCAGUCAAAAGGUUGGACAUGCCUUAAAUGCAGUGUUUUUGCAUCAUUUUAAAAUGUUCUGUAUUUAAGAAUAGUCCUAAAGUAAUCCAAAUAAUGAAGAAGAAGAAUAUAUGGAAUUAUCUAGUAAAUAAAAAGUGUUAAACAAACCAGAAUAUGUUUUAAAUAUUUAAGAUUCUUCAAAGUAUCACCUCUUGCUUUGAUUUUUGCACAUCUUGGCAUUAGCGUGAGGUAAAGUCACCUGGAAUUCAGGCUUUCAGUUAACAGCUGUGCUAAACGUGUUAAGAAUUGUUUAUUUUUUUACUUAGAUUUCUUGUCUCUUAAUGUGUUUAAGAACAUCAGUUGUAAAGUUAAGUUGUGAAGAGCUACAAUUUGUAUAUAGUGAAUAGCCCUAUUUGAGUACCGUAUUUUUCUCACUAUAAGGUGCACUGUAUUAUAAGGCGCAUUAUUAAUGAACAUCUAUUUUCUUGUCUAUUUUCAUACACACAUUUUCAGCGCACCGGAUUAGAAGGCGCAUUUUAAGAGACACUAUAAGGACCUUCUAAUUUAGCAGCUCUCACCACUGGGUGGUGGUGGAGGGUAGCUAACUAAAUUAAGUAAAGCUAAGCUAAGUAAACAAAAUAAAAAAAAACAAGCACUGGAUAUUAUCUCUAUUACAUCUACACGGAUUUCUCUCCUGAAAACUGUUUAUUUGGGUGAGUAAAGCACUUCCGUUUACUUACAGUAAGCUUAGAUUCCUGAAUUUCUCCAACUCUAGGCUGGAGCGUUAGCAUUAGCAGCUAACCGCUCCAGCAGCGCUAGCCUAGAGCAGGCUACAGGCUGAUAAUACUUCCCUAUGGAUGGGGAAAUAGCAAGUGUGGUUAGCAGCUAAUGCUAAUGCUACUUCAGCAGUACUAGCCAGGUUAGGGACAGCCUACAGUCCAAUAAUACUCACCUCUGAACAGGGAAAUGUGGUUAGCGGCUAAUGCUAAUGCUACUCCAGCCCUGGUGCUGGAGAACUAAACUGAAUCUCCUAAAUAACACUGCAAUUUGGGCUUUACUGCCCUUUACAACCUGACUGGUAAAAUUCAUAAAUAAGACACACUGGAUUCAAUUAAAAUAUUUUAAGUGUGCCUUACAGUGUGAAAAAUACAGUUAUGUUCUAAUCUAUAUUAUAGCAGGAACUACUUUAAGAAAUAAAGGUCAAUCAUUCCCAAAAAAUGCAAGUUUAAUCAGCUUAACCCCAGAUCUGAGCCACCUAAAUGCUUCACAGAGUAUUUUGGUUUGUUUAACACUUUUAAGCUGCUACAUGAUUCCUUAUGUGUUCUUUCAUAGUCUGGAUGACUUCUAUCCAUUUACAAUAUAUAGUAGUUUAAAAUAUAUAUCAUAUAUAAAAUCUUUUAUUAUUGACCAACAGUUUGAAACCAAAAUUGAGUGAAAAUCUGAUAAUAAGAGCCAUGAACUUUAAUCAAAAAAGAUUUGAUCCACACUACAGCAAAGGCAUAUUUACACCAAGCAUUUUCUUUCUGAAUGAAAAAAAAAACAGAUGUGAUUUUUAACAUAUUUGAACUUUAACACCAACUCUGAUGCAUUUUUGCCUUCUGUGUUCUGUAAACAGGUUUUGAAACUGCAUAGCUAUCAUAAUGUUCCUAUUUCUUUUUCUCUGCUCACUGUCUGCUUUUGCUCUCUUUCAUUCCCUUCCUCCGCUCUCCACACCAGUCAUUAUAAAGACAAUUUGCGCUGAUGAUUUCUCAGCUGUUUGUUACUGAAUGAUGAAGGUCAAUUGUUUUACAGCAUUUACUAUAGAACAGCAAAACAGAGCAUCAUAUAAUACGUAAUAUAACUGGUGUGUGUGUUCAUACUGUAUAUAUGUAUAUGAAGUGUUUUAUAAAGGUGUUGAGCUUCAAAUUCCUGAACUGAAAACUCUCUUAUCUGAAUCUUAUUAAAGCGUUUGCUGCAAAUGAACUGACGGCUAAUUGCAGCUUAAUUUAAGUGGCCAUUAGGUGUUUUUUUUCUGUGAUCAAGCCAGUGGCUGGCAAUUAUUUGGUUGCUCAUUACUACAUUAUAAUUAAAUAGAUAACAGAGUAAAUGAAACAUUUUCCAAAGAAUGUGUAUGUCUUUGUAUCAAAGUCGGAUGUAAAGGAGUCCAGAUUGUGUUUUAGGUCAGCAAUUCACACUUAACCGCUAAUAAUCAGAGUUAAUGAGUUAAGCUAGUUAAGGUCUAUUAGAACAGAAUGCUUGUCUUUAUUUACAAAUAUUAACGAAAGGAAAGUCAGCACAUUAGAGGUUGAAUGCUUAGAUUAGAUUGUCUAUGAAAAGUAUUCACCCCUUUAAAGUUUUCCCCUUUUUAUAAAAAGUCAUAAAUGGAAUUAAUGGAAUUAAUCAUCAAAAUAAUUCACAUUUUUUAAUGAGAAUGAACAAAAAAAAACUUCUUUAAAGAUUUUCACAUUUCACUUGAAUGUGGUAGUAUUUUUGACUUAAAUCUUGAGGAUGAAAUAUUGUAAUUAAUGGUAUCAGUGUCUUGAAAUAACCAUCCCUGCAACAUCUUACACAUUCAUUCAAUAAGAAGAAAAUGAGAAAUGGCUGAAAUAAGAAAAAAGAUGCAAAGCUUUCAGACCUCAAAUAAUGCAAAGAAAACAAGUUCAUAUUCAUAAAGUUUUAAUAGUUAAAAAAAAUCAAUAUUUGGUGGAAUAACUCUGGUUUAUAACCACAGUUUUCAUGCAUCUUGGCAUGUUCUCCUCCACCAGUCUUACACACUGCUUUUGGAUAACUUUAUGCCUUUACUCCUGGUGCAAAAAUUCAAGCAGUUCAGAUUGGUUUGAUGGCUUGUGAUCAUCCAUCUUCCUCUUGAUUAUAUUCCAGAGUUUUUCAAUUUGGUUAAAUCAAAGAAACUCAUUAUUACAUACAGAGCUGUAUAUUUUGGUUGAAUUGGCCUUUUCUGUGUUCUGAGUUUUUUUUUUUUUGUUUUUUUUUUUGUAAGCGCUUGUUUAAAGGUCAAAUUAUAUUGACUAUGAUUUAAUUGAUCAAAGACAUAAAUGAGCAGAACAUCCUGAAGCUGUUUGAUAUUGCUUAUUUCCCUCUAACUAUUGCUUAAUUAUGAAGUAAUUAGUAUCCACCUAAUUAGCAGCUACUGGCUUAAAGGUUUAAAUCACUGUAAAAGUGGCCACUUAAA